AUGACGAGGACGAAGAUGAAGAGGAAGAAUAAUUAUGUUACACUUGAUACUGAGAAGAGGACGAUGAAGAGGAAGAAUGAUGAUGUUGCACUUGAUAAUGAGAAGAGGAUGAAUAGGAAGAAUGAUGAGAGAAAGAAGAAUGAGAGGAAGGAGAGGCAGGAGAGGCUGAUGAACUUGGCAAAGAAGAGGAAGGCUGAUGAGUUGGCCAAGAAGAGGAAGGCGGAUGAUGAGUUGGCCAAGAAAAGGGAAUUGGCCAAGAAAAGGGAGUUGUCCAAGAAGAAGAAGUCGAAAAAGGAAGAGGAAGAGGAGGAGGAGGAGGACAAGGAGGACGAGGAGGAUGACGAGGAUGACGAGGACGAUGAUUCGCGCCCCAUGCCACAAGCCUCUCGCAAAUUGAAUUUUGAUGAGGGGGUGGGGCGUGGGGGUGGUGCGUGGGAGUUGAGCGUGGGGCGAUGUUGGGUCGGUCGGGUGUACACGGGUGCUGCUGGGUCUCGUCGUCCUUCGGCGUCGCAGGGGACCGUUGCAGGUGGUUACUUGGGGGGUCGGGGAGAUGGAAGGACCGUUGCAGGUGGUUGCUUGGGGAGCGGGGGUGGGUUGGUGGGGGACCAGUUGGUGGUUGGGGAUUGGGGGCCUGGAGAGAGGAUGAAGACAAAAGUGAAAAUGGGGAAAUGGGAAAGAAAGGGAGGGAAAAAAGGGAAAAAAGUUUAG